CAAGAAAAGAAGUGUCGCGCAGGCAACUCUGUUCAAAAUUUAAAGUUUUUCUUUAAAUUAAAUUCGAUGUUUGAAAAGAAGCAAUAAAAUUUGUAUUUGGCUAUUUGGUGCGAAAUUUACGUAUGAGCAGGGUGCACAAAAUGGCAUGGAGCAACGUUGGCAUAUUUCUGAAGCUCAGCUCGCAACGUUGUCAGCUCCUCAGCUUAGGAUCAAAAAAUGAGGUAUCCGGAGGGCUGAACACCGGCAAGCUCAAAUCGGAUGUCCUUGGGAGUACCUCGAAUGCCAGGUACAUGGAGUGCCUGUUUACCAAAUGGACUAAGGACAAUAAUUCUGUUCAUGGAACCUGGCAGCGAUUCUUCAAGGAUUUAGUACAUGAAAAAGGGGAGACACCCAGUGAAAAUCCUGAUCAACUUGAAAAGGAUGUUGCCAUUUCUUUGCCUCACAAACAGGAGGUGACUUUGCCAAAUGAGCCGCCGCAUAAAUGCCACGAAGCAAAACUAUUGGAAAGUGGAAAAAAACUUAGCGCAUCGACUGCAGAUAAAGUAAGAUCGUGUUUCCCAAUGGCAAACCACUCAAUCGACGUAUCGGAAGGAUCUCCAGUGCUUGGGAGGAAGACAAAAUACUCUCCUCCGGUACUGAAGAACCAAUCGAGCAUUUCGAAGUCAUCUAGCGAACAGUUGGACUCGAAUACUUGCGUGGUUUGUCCUCAAAAGGUGGACAUGAAUGUGCUGGCUCUUUCAACGGAAAUCAGGACAUCUGGACUGUCAGGCUGUCAGGAUGUGCUUAAACUAUCAACAAGUUGCAUAAAGAAAUGCGAAGGCAGUUCAAUUUUAACAGCCAAAGAAAUGGUGAACAAAUUUUCAAAAAAUCAGACUAGGAAAUUCUGUCAGAAGAAGCCUCCAGAAGAGCUCAGAGAAGCUAGUAUGACAACGGAGGUGAAAGACUUUUUGGGUUCCCGAAGGACAGGAAAUGCUCGCAAUAACUUUAAAACAAAAUUUGGAUGUCUCGAUACUUUUAUGAAAUAUUGGCGACAAGCUUGUAGAAAGGGCCAUUUGAAACGGGUUUCUGGGCCAGAAAUAAUUGUGAAAAGGUGUACGAAAGCCAAUUCUAAGCCAAGAAACAUCAUGUACUUCAAAAGUUAUUACGAAAAGAAUCUUAGCCAAGGAAAGGACAAGGUGGCUAAAACUGCAAAAAAAACACCAUUAAAACCGAAAGAUGAAAACUCAAAGGAGCAGCCAGAACCAAGACAUUGCAAGUCGAAUGAUAGCAAAAUUCAAGCUCUUGGUUACCAAGAGGAAUAUAAAGAUAGCUCUAAGAUAAAACUCGAGGCAGAAGAUAUCACUUUAAAGGCUACCGAACCACCAAAAAAAACAGAAUCCGAGGGGAGCAGCACUUCUAGCAAACCAAAAGAUAAAACUGAUAUUUAUGAAACCCUUGAAGACCUGAUCAACGAUAUCGAUGACACCACCUUGGAUAGAGACAUGAUUGAUCCGAUUGAGCCUAAGAUAAAAGACAGUAAAACAUCAAACUUCUUGGAAAACACUUCAAAAAGGAAUCCAGCAGCAUACAAAACGACGCUUAGAGUUUUUAAGCCUAAGCAAAAAGGCAACACAAAAAAUGAUAAAACAGUAAAACCAAAACCUGAAGCUUUCAAACCUCUUAGGAUUUUGAAUGCCGAUCAGAAAGACCCACCAAAGGCUAAACCCACAAAUGAAGAUAAAUCAUGGAUAUAUUCAGAUGAGAUCACACUAAAAAAUUUAAAAAAACCAACUAAUGAUACGGAGAAAAGUACUUUAAAGACUCCUGAGGUUGGUAAAUCCCCAAUCAGUGAUCUCAAAAAUAACUCCAUCAAAAAACCUUUGGAUGAAAACACACGGGAAAAUUAAGAUACGGAUU